UUUGUUCCAAAUAUAAUCACAAGUCAUAGUGUCAUAUUGUGCUCCAUGUAUGUGAUCUCAUCAUCUGGACUGUCACCAUGAGCAAGCACAAGAUGAAGUUCGAUAUAUUGAUCUUCACAUGCAUGAUUUUCACCAUCAAACUUGUGUCCUACCAAAACGACCUUCAAUUUGGAGAUAUCAUGAUUUCUGAUUUUUUUUUUCUUGGUAUUAUGCAGAGGCAUACGAUCCGCUUGAUCCAAAUGGGAACAUAACGAUCAAGUGGGAUGUGCUGCAAUGGACUCCAGAUGGAUAUGUUGAGGUCUGCCUUUUCAAUUAUAAGAGAGAAAAUAAGGUUUGGUGACAAGAUCAGACAUAGACCCCCAGUUCACCAGUUGGGGAGGCGAAGUACAACGCAAAAUUUUAAUUUACACUAAUUAUUAUGCUGCCACUGAUGCCAUUUACACGAUUCAGAAAAUGACAGCCUGCGCAAAAGAUCAUUUUCCAGUUAUCAGGAUUCAAAACCUGCCAAUUGCUAACAUAAUGUAAAAAAAUCCUUUUCCUCCAGGCCGUUGUUUCAUUAUACAACUAUCAACAGUAUCGUCAUAUUCAAUCACCUGGUUGGAAGCUCGGAUGGGUGUGGGCAAAGAAGGAGAUAAUCUGGGCAAUGAACGGUGGCCAAGCCACUGAGCAAGGCGAUUGCUCCAAAUUUAAGUCAAACAUCCCACAUUGCUGCAAGAAGAACCCUGAGAUUGUGGACCUGCUUCCUGGGACUCCUUACAACAUGCAGAUUGCCAACUGCUGCAAGGGAGGAGUCCUCAACUCAUGGGCACAGGACCCUGCAAAUGCUGUGGCAUCAUUCCAAGUUAGUGUUGGUCAAGCAGGAACUACGAACAAGACGGUGCGAGUGCCGAGAAAUUUCACCCUGAAAUCUCCAGGUCCAGGGUACACUUGUGGGAGUGCCAAGCUUGUGAGACCCACUAAAUUCUUUUCGCAGGAUGGAAGGAGAACAACUCAGGCACACAUGACAUGGAACGUGACAUGCACAUACUCCCAAAUUGUUGCACAGAGAUCUCCAACAUGCUGCGUUUCGCUCUCGUCGUUCUACAAUGAUACCAUAGUUAACUGCCCAACAUGCUCAUGUGGCUGCCAGGAUAAUAAACCAGGAAGCUGCGUAGAGGGAAAUUCUCCUUAUUUGGCUUCUGUUGUGAAUGUCAAUAACAAGGAUAGUUUGGCACCUCUAGUCCAAUGUACUUCUCAUAUGUGCCCAAUAAGAGUUCAUUGGCAUGUGAAAGUUAACUACAGGGAGUAUUGGAGGGUCAAGAUCACAGUGACAAACUUCAAUUACAGAAUGAACUACUCUCAGUGGAACCUGGUGACUCAGCACCCCAGCUUUGACAAUCUGACAACUAUUUUCAGCUUCAACUACAAAUCUUUGAACCCAUAUGGAGUAAUAAAUGAUACUGCCAUGUUGUGGGGAAUCAAGUACUACAAUGACCUGCUCAUGACGGCAGGACCUGAUGGAAAUGUUCAGUCUGAACUUCUGUUCAAGAAGGACCCCAAUACUUUCACCUUCCAGAAAGGGUGGGCGUUCCCAAGACGCAUAUACUUCAAUGGUGACAACUGUGUGAUGCCACCACCGGAUGCAUAUCCAUGGUUGCCAAAUGCUUCCUCAAGAGUCAUGUCUUCACUUCUCCUUCCAUUCACUGCCGUUUGGACAGCAUUGACAUUCCUGAUGGUUUAUGCAUAGUGAAGGGAGAUUGCUAGUUACGUAUUCGGCAAAGUUUUGACCUUGUUGUGCAUUACCUGCUGAAAUGUUUUAGAUGAUCUUUUCAUGAAUAGAAGAUUCAGUGCAGAUAUCUAACCAAACCUUCGUUGAUCUCUGUAUACUCUUACCUGUACAUUUCAUCUCAGACAAGAUAAAGAUGCAUACACUGUACUUCUUCAGAAAAUUUUAUCAUCUCU